CUUUGGCGUUGUAAACAAGCGCAAGCGUAAUUUGGCGGCAAGUUUGUGAAGACACUGCUUUUUGUGCCACAGUCUGAAGUUUUUAUCCCAUACCUAAAAAGGGAAAUUUUAAGUUGGUGUCAGUUAUUUCAAUAUUCUCAUGGGGAUACGAGUUUAAUGUGAAGUGCACAUUAAGUAGGAAGAAAUCAAAAUGUUAACAGAUAAACCAAUUGAUUUGGAUGUGCAUCUUCCCCAAACCAAAAAUAUUAAUAUGAUAAAAGAAAGUAUGUAUUUAGAUUUAUCCUCAUUAAGUAUACCAUUAAGUAGAUAUAGAAAAUUCGAGAAGAGUGAUUUGAAUAAAAUUAACAACAAUGUGGAGAAGACAGAUAAGAAUAUUGAAAUGUUCAACAAUAACUCUCGGAUUAACUCACAAAGUCAUACCAAAGUACCCAUAAACAUGAUGCCACCGCCCCCACACAAAAUUUCACAUUUCAAUAAUGGCAGCACAUUCAAGAAUGAAAAGAAGGACUACAAAGUAAGGGAAUCAUGCCGUUCUGGUUCUCCUAGGGGGUACGACAGUGAUGAGAGUUGCACUUCUUGUUCAUCAUCAGCAGACUCAAGAGCAGAAAAUGAAGGGGUUAGGUACAAUAACGCCAGAAACGGGAUGGGUCGUUUGAGCGACCAGACAAUAACCUUCGGAAAAUUUAGCCAAAGUGUGCAGAAUCUGAAUCAUUCGAAUGCAUACCGUCCACACAAUAAUAAUGGGAAUUUCACGAAGAAUAGGUACUACACGAACUCAUGUGGCCGUCAAAAACAACACCACCACCAGCAACAAAACGGGUCGACGCGAGGCAACGGCCACGGUCACCACCACGGUGGCGCCACCUCCGAUCUGAUGUUGCGACGCGCACACGGACUUGUCGAACGGUUCAGGUCACGCAGCGGCGCCAUGCGCGUCGAGCCAAAACCGUCCGCCCUGCUGACCGGCGUCGCACCUUGGGACGCCUUGAACCAAGCCGUGUGGGACGUGUACAGUAGUAAAGCACAGAAGGAAGCCACCUACGAACUGAAAGUAACUCUGUGGCGCAACGUCUUUUUGUUCAUUAGGAAAUGCUUAAACAGUUUCGGCCUAUUUAUGGUUGGUUCCACGAUGUCCGGAUUUGGUCUUGACAGCAGUGACAUCGAUAUGUGUCUGUUGACGAAACCCUCGAACAGUGACCCGAGGUUAGACGCCCUACACCACCUGACCACCAUUAGACAAUUAUUAAUCAGAUACGGUGUGGCAGCGGAAUCUGAACUGAUUUUGGCCAAGGUUCCCAUUUUGAAAUUCCGGGAGAAGGAAACCGGCUUCGAGAUUGACCUCAAUUGCAAUAAUUCAGUGGGCAUCCGGAAUACGCAUCUGAUGUACACUUACUCCAAGUUGGACUGGCGAGUGAGGCCCCUGGUAGUGAUCGUCAAACUGUGGGCGCAGAUUAACAGCAUCAACGACGCUAAAAGCAUGACUGUUUCCAGCUACUCAUACGCACUGAUGGUUGUGCAUUAUUUACAAUGUGGAGUAACACCUCCGGUACUACCAUGUCUGCACGGCCUAGUUCCUGACAGGUUUAACAACUCGAGUGACCAUCACACGAUGGAUGUACAGGAAGAGAUCGAGGCCGUACGUGAUUUUCAAUCCGACAACACCGAGUGCCUCGGCGAACUGCUGCUCGGCUUCUUACAUUACUAUUCGUGCUUCGACUAUGCGCACAGCGCCAUUUCAGUACGUGCAGGAUGUCGCCUACCCAUAGACGAGUGUCGCUUUGCGAAAGCGCCCAAGAACGAUCCCGGACAGUGGAAGUAUAUGUGCAUUGAGGAACCUUUUGACCUCACCAACACGGCUCGGUCUGUGUUCGAUGCGGAAAAGUUCAAACACAUCAAAGACGUGUUCGCCUACUCGUACCGAGAACUGGAACGAACGAAGAUGUUGAACUCGAUUCUGCCCGUGAUACUGCCACAUCCGAGAUGAUGCCCAGGUUCACGCAAGUCGUUCUCGUCUUCCCGCAACCAGUGGUGUCAGAACCUCCCGAGUUCGAGCUCCUAUCUGUAAGCAUUCCAUAUAAUUACCAAAAAAAAAAAAUGUGUGUAUGUAAAAUGGACAGGCGUGCGCGCUGGCGCCGGCCAAUAUCUGGACGUCCAUGUCACGCAAUACGACGCAGAAAGUUGCGUUGCGAAAUGUAGGCGACGUCCGUAAUAAUAAUAUACAUGGAAAAAAAAGAUGAUACAAUUAGCGAGAUUUAGAACCGAGUUUAUUUUAGUUAUGCGUUGAAAAUGGUAUCAUACGCGCAGGUUUUAAUUUUAUUCAAGUCUCGCAGUUCCGGUAUACUUGAUUUAUAUGUUGUGAUGUUUUAUUUUUAGUGUUUAUAUUGUACAGUUUACAUUAUGUAUAAUUACAAAAAAAAUAUAUAAAAGUAUAAAAUGUCCUGAGCGAAACAUUUAUAAAAAAUCGCUCAUGGACAAAAAAACAGUAUUGUAUAGUAUGUUUAUUUUAUUUCUAUCUACUCUUAAGUAUAUUUGGUGAUAUAUUUCACAACUCACGUUGCAAACGCCUCCAACUCGAAAAUUGACAAUAAGUUAAUCCGAAUAUAACUGGUCUUCUGGUGCUUUUUUGAAGAUUUUCAUAUACAAUAAACUUGGGGCGCUAUGCAAUACUCCACUUUGUAAAUAGUCUUAUUCGAGGCUCCAAGUGGGGGCGCUUUGCAUCGAGUAAACCACUUAACGAUGUUUGAGACAUCAAAUUUAAAACGCUUAUUACAAGUCUCUUCUAGAUUACUUGUAAGUGAAUAAUACAUAUCAAUAACGGGUCUUUCCCUAUAUAAUAAGCCUUUUUCUAAGAUAACAACGCAACGAGUACCAAUAAGUCAGGGGAGGAAGGGGGGUGAUUAUAUUUGUCAAUGUUAAAAAAUAAAAAAAUAUAUAAAAACAAAAACACCGUUGCAUGUCUAUAUGGGUAGAUUUAAUUAUAAAUAGACCUAUAUUUAAGGAAUUCAAUGUCUAUUUAUGUUGAAUGUGUUGUUGAGAAUUACGAUUUUGGAAGAAUGUUGUUCAGUAAGGUCGGGAGUUAUUUUCGAGUUACUCAUUUUGGAACAACCACAUUUGAUUUUGCCCUCUCUUAUGUGAAGUAUUAUAUAUAACACGAUGAAAAAAUAAAUCUUGAAUACAACUAGAUAUUUCUGUGUAAUACUUUGCGUAUGUUGAAAGUUCUUCAAGAGCGGUUUUACUUGUGCCCACUUUCAGUAAUAGUGCGAGCCAAUAUAGAAACAUUUUUAAAUACUCAAAAUACAAAGUCUUUUUGUGAUAGAAGUGAACACUUAUCAAAUGAGGUAUAUUUUUGCAAUACCAUUUUAAGCGAAGUUAAUUUUUGAGAUCUGGAAAGAUUCGCUUGGUGUUUGACAAUUGUGAUUUACAUUUUGAUCUCAGUAAAAUUUAAAUAAAUCAUAAAAUAGUCACAAUGUGCCAAAUGUUAAUACUAUAGGAUCUAUUCUAAAUUCUUAAUUGGACAAUAUUUAAACGUCGGAUACAAUAAUAAUAAACAAUAAUUCAUUUCUCUUCAAGGACUGUAAAAUUAGUUUUGUUUUUGGUAAUGUGUAAAAAUAUUUUGCGACAGUCUUUGUAAAGAUUAAGUAAGAUUAAUGUUUCUACAUCCUAGUUCUAAGUUCUUAUGUUGUAAGGCAGAAGAUAUGCGGCUGUUUUGCGUGUAUCCUCUGCUACAUGUAUGUUGUAUGAGAUUAUUAUCAAUAAAGAAGUUUAAAAUUA